AUGGGUGGAAUGGCAGAGAUUAGUAACGAUAGUAUUGUAGUGGAAGUUGGAGCAGUACUUGAUAUUAGCAACGGAACAGUUGGGAGGAUAGGAUUGAGCUGCAUCAACAUGGCCCUAUCAGAUUUCUAUUUAUCUCAUUCUCACUACAAAACUAGAAUCCAAAUCACCGUCAGGGAUUCUCAUAGAGACGUCGUCAAUGCAGCUGCACAUGCUUUGGAUCUUAUAAAAAAUGUGAAAGUACAAGCAAUCAUGGGACCAACAACAACAAUGGAAGCAAAUUUUGUGAUUCAACUAGGAGACAAAGCUCACGUGCCCAUUGUUACAUUUUCUGCAACAAGCCCUUCACUUGCAUCACUUCAAAGUCCAUAUUUUUUCCAAAUAUCACAAACUGAUUCAGCUCAACUAAAAGCCAUCACCACAAUCAUUCAAGCUUUUGGUUGGAAACAAGUGGUCCCUAUUUAUGUUGACAAUAGUUUUGGUGAAGGACUCAUUCCUUAUCUAACCAAUGUUCUUCAACAAGAGAAUAUUCAAGUUCCUUAUCUUAGUGCAAUUUCUCUUUCAGCCACAGAUGAUGCCAUUACUCAAGAGCUUUACAAAAUCAUUACUACUAUUCCAACUAGAGUGUUUGUUGUGCACAUGUCAACAACUAUUGGAUCUAAACUUUUUACCAUAGCAAAAAAAAUUGGGAUAAUGAGUCAAGGCUAUGUUUGGAUAGUAACUGAUAGUAUGGCUAAUCUAUUCAAUUCAUUGAGUUUAGAUGUCUGGGAAUCAAUGGAAGGAGUAAUUGGUGUUAGGACUUAUAUUCCAAGAACAAAAAAGCUAGAUGAUUUUAGAGUUAGAUGGAAAAGAAAAUUCAUGAGUGAUAAUCCAACUCUUGUUGACACAUAUUUGAAUAUUUUUGGAAUAUGGGCUUAUGAUGCAACAAUUGCAUUAGCAAUGGCUAUUGAGAAAGCUGGAACUGGAAUCACAAAAUUUGGUUACAAUGAGAGCAACACAUCAAGCAAUUAUUACAUAUCUGAAAUUGAAAGGUUUGGUAUUGCACAAAAUGGUGUGAAAUUGAGUGAAGCUUUGUUAAACACUAGAUUUAGUGGUCUUAGUGGUGAUUUUAAUGUUUCCGAUGGGAAGUUACAAGCUUCGACGUAUGAGAUAAUUAAUGUGAUUGGUAAUGGUGAAAAGAGGGUUGGAUUUUGGACACCAUAUAAGGGUUUGGCUAGAAAUUUGGAUACAAAAGACAGAAACAAUGGUACAUAUUCUAGUUCUAAAAAUGAUCUUGCAACUAUCAUAUGGCCAGGGGAUAUGUACUCUAUUCCAAAGGGAUGGGAAGUUCCAACUAUUAUUGGGAAGAAAUUGAGGAUAGGAGUUCCUGUAAAAAAUGGAAAUAACUACACUGAAUUUUUGAAAGUAACACAUGAUUAUGACACUAAUUCAACACAAGCCACUGGCUUCUGCAUUGCCGUCUUCAAAGCUGCGGUGGAAGCGUUGUCUUAUCCUUUACCACAAUAUGAAUUUGUUGCAUUUGCAAAGCCUGAUGGGGAGAUGGCAGGAACAUACGACGAGUUGAUCAGUGAACUUUAUUACGGGAAGUAUGAUGCGGUGGUGGGGGAUAUAACGAUCAUUUCAAACAGAUCCAACUAUGUUGAUUUCACCAUGCCGUACACAGAAUCUGGAGUGACAAUGAUUGUUUCAAUGAAAGACAGCAGGAAGAAAAAUGCAUGGGCCUUUUUGAAGCCAUUGACAUGGCAACUUUGGGUAACAACAACUUGUUCAUUUGUAUUCAUUGGAUUCGUUGUUUGGGUUCUUGAACAUAGAAUCAACAACGAUUUCAGAGGACCACCCUCCCAUCAAAUUGGCACAAGCCUAUGGUUUUCCUUCUCAACUAUGGUUUAUGCUCAUAGAGAGAAAGUGGUGAGCAACUUGGCUAGAUUUGUGGUGGUCGUAUGGGUUUUUGUGGUUCUAAUUCUGGUUCAAAGUUACACUGCAAGUUUGACUUCACUCUUAACUGUUGAACAACUAAGCCCAACUAUUACAGAUGUUAACCAACUUCUAAAGAAUAAGAUGAAUGUUGGCUAUCUCAAAGGCUCUUUUGUUUACGGAAUCUUGAAAGGCUUACAAUUUCAAGAUUCUCAGCUCAUUCCUUAUCAGUCAGCUGAAGAAUGUAAUGAGCUUUUCAUGAAAGGAAGUGUAAAUGGUGGCAUUGAUGCUGCUUUUGAUGAAGUUCCCUAUGUUAAGCACUUUCUUGGAAUUUAUAGUUGUUCAAAAUAUGUCAUGGUUGAACCAAGAUUUAAAACUGGCGGUUUCGGCUAUGCGUUCCCAAAAGGUUCACCUCUUGUACCAGACAUUUCAAGGGCAAUCCUAAAUGUGACACAAGGAGAGAAAAUGAAAACAAUUGAGAAUGCAUGGUUCAAAGAGCGUAGUUGUCAAGAUUCUAAUACAGAAAUCUCCACUAAUAACAGUCUUGGACUUGAAAGCUUUUGGGGCCUAUUUCUCAUUGCAGGGAUUGCUUCCCUAUUAGCACUCCUAAUAUUUUUUGUCACAUUUCUAUAUCAGCACAAACAUAUUUGGUUAAACAAUGAUCCAAAUGCUUCAAUAUGGCAACGAAUUCGAGUCUUGGUAAAGAUAUUUGAUCAAAGAGACUUGAACUGUCACAACACAUUCAAGAAAAGUGAAAGGAUUGUUAGUCCUCCUCAUGAUGAUUUAAGUUCAGUGGAGGCUUCUCCAGGUACACAUUGUCCACCUAGUCCAUCUAGUCAAACUGAGUCAGUUGUUUCGGUUUACUGCGAUUUUAGUGCCGACCAAGGUCAAAACACAUAA